UUUCUGAGACACAAGCAACAACCAACCACGCAUACCAUCGCGAGAUUUCAGUCUCGACUAAUGUCGGCGGAAGUAGCUUACGAGUCUCUUUUCCGGCGGCCAUAGCGGACUAUCGGGCAUCAUGAAGCUGAACCCCUUCGUCACGUCUUCGCGGCGCAAGAACCGCAAGAGGCACUUCAAUGCCCCGUCUCACAUCCGCAGGAAGAUCAUGUCCUCCCCCCUCUCCAAGGAGCUGAGGCAGAAGUACAAUGUCCGCUCCAUGCCCAUCCGCAAGGAUGACGAGGUCCAGGUGGUGCGCGGUCACUACAAGGGCCAGCAGAUUGGCAAGGUGGUCCAGGUGUACCGUAAGAAGUACGUCAUCUACAUCGAGCGUGUGCAGCGUGAGAAGGCCAACGGCACCACAGUACACGUCGGCAUCCACCCCAGCAAGGUGGUGAUCACGAGGCUGAAGCUGGACAAGGAUCGCAAGAAGAUUCUUGAGCGCAAGGCCAAGUCCAGACAGGAGGACAAGGAGAAGGGCAAAUACAGGGAGGAGACCAUCGAGAAGAUGCAGGAGUAGUGAUCACGGCCACAUUUUGUCUAAAAUAAUAAAAACUGUAAAAAACACAA